GAGCUUCUGCUUGUUUUUGUCUGACAUAGCAACAGGACAAGGCAAUAGAGGUAAUGUUGAAGCUGUUUCCUCUGCUGCUUCUGCUGCUUUUGGUGGAGGACAAGAAAGUGCUGACGUAAGCAGAACGCGAAAAGUUCCAGCGGUGCGGGUCGAAAGAUCUUUUCACAUUUGUGAGAUGUUUACUUUUGGUUGAGAGGAUUUAGAAGCAAGAGAAACAAGAGAAGAGAAGAGUAGACUGGUAGCAAUGGAGUUUCCUUAUCCUUCAGUGAUAAUAGAGAAUGGGUCGUCGAGAACUCGCGCUGGGUACUCCAACGAGGACUAUCCCUCAGUGAUAUUUUCCUCCAAUUAUGCGCAGAACAGUAAAACAGGAAAGACCUUUAUUGGAGACGAUAUCUUUUUGAAGAAUCUUGAUUUCAAUUAUGAGAAUUUGGAGAUAUACACGUUAUCAGAUGAUAAUGGGUUGAUAUACAAUUGGGAUCAUUUGGCGCAGAACUGGGAAUAUAUUUAUCGAAACUUGAAUAUCGAAGACUCUAAAGAUUAUCCUUUGAUCAUAACCGAACAAGUUUGGAAUUCGUUUAAAAAUAAGAAAAAAUAUUGUCAAUUGGCGUUUGAACAGUUUGAAGUACCAAUUUUUUCAAUCUUCAAGAAACCAUUGUGUAAUUUGUUUGGGUUAGGGAAAAGUACGGGAUUGAUUAUUGAUAUUGGAAGCUCGAUUACAAAUAUUAAUCCAAUAUUGGAUGGAACAAUUUUAUUCAAAGGAUCGGUUCACUCAAAGAUUGCAGGAAACUAUAUUGAUUUGCAUAUACUAAACUAUUUAAAGAAAAACCAUUACCAUAAUGACUUGGGCUCAAUUGUGCCAAAAAAUUUAAUUGGUCUACCUUCAAACAAAUAUACAGAGAGUUUUAAAAAUACGUUGAUUACAAACGACUUGAUCUUUAAUUUCAAGAAACUAAUCUUGAGUGCAAAUUUAGACAAGAUUUCAAAUAAGUUGAAUUUGAAGCAAAAUUUCAAUAAACCUAAAAAGAAUUAUAUGUUGCCCGAUAACAGAAUAAUCGAAAUCAAUGAAGAACAAGUUGAGUUAGUUGAGCCAUUGUUUCACCCUAAACCAUAUACAAACUCUAUAUUGAGUUACCUUUCUAAUGAUAAUAGCGACUCGUUGAGAAACAUCGAAGUGGCAAAGGAAAUCUACCAGCAGCUAUUGAAAAACAUUGUUGUUGUUGGAGGAAGCUCGUUGAUUGAAAAUAUGGAAGAACGAAUCAAAAACGAGCUCAGGCUCACACUUUCUAAUUUUGAAAUCGAGACUUAUUCGCCCCAGGACACUAUUGAGAGAGAGAACUCGAGCUGGAUUGGUGCCAGCAUCCUCGCCUCAAUGAACAACUUCGACAGCUUUAUCAGCAAGCAAGAGUACGAGGAGCUAGGAGAGGACUUGAUUGUAGAGCGAUUCAAAUGA